UCCACAUAUGUCUAGCAAUCCACAUAGAUAUGCAUUGUACAUUUCCACUUUGCUUUCCUUACCAACCACACGCACCUAAAAUAGUAACAAUCUAUAUGUACUAACCUAAGUUCCUAACCUUCACCUUACAUGUAAAUAACAUUUAUCAAGUUGCAAGAAACCAAACUUGAUGCUCAAACUUCCAACAAAGGAAGAGAAAUGAGAGAUAGGGAUUAGAGACUGUUGAAUCCUAUGAUUUACAAAGUGUCACGUGUGUCUCCUUCUUAAUAAAACCACAUGUUUUUGUCAUCCAAUAUCAUUGUUUCUAUUCUUGGCUGAUAAUCAUGUGGUGAAUUGAGCUCCAAUUAAUUCCAUGGAUUUGCUUCCAAACCCGACUCCCACCUUUGCCAACUACCAACAUCAAUAUAAAACCAAACCCUCAUACUCUUCUCCCAUCCUCUUCAAAACUAAACACACAACCCUUUAGCAAAACAGAAGACACACAUCCAACCUUGUCAUAUCAUUUUCCACACCAUGGAUCAACCAAGCAAUCACACCACCGAACUAGAAUCUACGAUCCUCUCCUCGAAGAAGUCGGUGUGUGUGAUCGGGGCAGGUCCUUCAGGUCUGGUGGCAGCCAGGGAGCUGAGGAAAGAAGGGCACAUGGUGGUGUUGUUCGAGCAAAAACACGACGUAGGUGGUCAGUGGUUGUUCGAUCCAGACGUCGAUAAGGAGGAUCCAUUGGGAGAGACCAAGUUCAUGGAGGUCCAUAGUAGCAUCUACAAUUCACUGAGGCUGCUCUCUCCAAGAGAGAUCAUGGGUUACACUGACUUCCCAUUCCUUGUGAAGGAAGGACUUGGGAGGGACACAAGGAGGUUCCCUGGCCACAGAGAGCUGUGGCUGUACCUCAAGGAGUUCAGUGUCCAUUUUGGGAUUAGGGAAUUGAUUAGGUUCAAUACUAGGGUUGAGUAUGUGGGGAUGUUGGAGGGUAGUGGUGCUUGUGGGGAUUUGGGCAAUGAUCUGAAAUGGGUCGUCAGGAGCAGAAAGCUCGACGACGAUAUUAUAAGUAGUGGUAAUGGUGAUGUGAACGACGUCGAUUACGACCUUAGUAUAGAUCGUGUGGAGAGGAAUGGCGAGGUGGUGGAAGAGGUUUUUGAUGCUGUGGUUGUGGGUAAUGGUCAGUACUCUUAUCCUCAAUUGCCCUCUAUUAAAGGUAUGAAGACCUGGAAGAGGAAGCAAAUGCAUAGCCACGUGUACAGGAUUCCACAACCAUUCCAAAAUCAGGUGGUGGUGAUGGUGGGGAACUCAUUAAGCGCGCAAGACAUAUCAAUGGAGCUCGCGGGAGUUGCAAAAGAAGUCCAUAUCAGUUCAAGAUCACAAAAGAAUUUCAUGGAGGGCUUCUCGAAAGUUAUCUCCAAACAUGAAAAACUCCACCUUCGACCUCAGAUUGAGUCGCUCGAAGAAGAUGGGAGGGUUCUGUUCGUGGAUGGGUCUUUCGUGGUUGCCGACGCUAUCUUGUAUUGCACAGGGUAUAAAUACUCGUUCCCGUUUCUUGACACCAAAGGACUAGUAACGGUGGAUGAUAACAGAGUGGGGCCUUUGUAUCACCACACCUUCCCUCCUUUACUUGCUCCUUCCCUCUCCUUUGUGGGCAUCCCGAGAAAGAUCAUAGCCUUCCCUUUCUUCGAAUCACAAGGCAAAUGGGUCGCACAAGUCCUGAGUGGGAAAAGGAAGCUGCCUUCCCCCGACGACAUGAUGCGCUCCGUUCAGGAAUUCUACCGCCAGAGAGAAGCCGACGGCAUCCCAAAACACGAAACCCACGACAUCGUCCAGUUCGAGUAUGCUGACAAAUACGCGGACAAGACUGGCUUCCCGCAUCUGGAAGAGUGGAGGAAGAAGAUGUGUCUUGUCGCUCUGGACAAUUCGGAUGUACACUUGGAGACGUACAGAGAUUCGUGGGACGAUGAGGAACUGCUUCAGGAAGCUCUUCAGAGCCCCCAUUUCACUCAGCACAUUGGGCCAAUAACUAUCAGCACUUGAUCACGAAACGUUUCGAUGGAUCGAUCCUCUCUCUAAUAAUGAAAUUUUUCCACUUGAUAUGGUGUGAUCUAUAUAUAUAAGCCACUCUCGGUCCAAUUUUUUGGAUGAUGGUGAUAUCGUAUACGUUUUUUAUUUUUUUUUAUUUUUUUUUUAUAAUUUGUUUUAGGAGCCGGCUGUUUAACGUUUUUUUUAUUAUUAUUCGUUUGAUAUUCAAUUUGGUCUUAUCAAUAAUAAAGAGAAUAUCUAUCG